CAUUGUGUGGCGUCAUAAACGAAACUCUCUUAUUCUAAGUGCUCACGGAAGAGUAUUUAUACUAUUUUUUUUUCAAGUCGUUAUGAUCAAACAUUAGAAUACAUUAAAUUUAUUAAGUUCAAAUUGUUAGUUGAAUUUGUGAGGAAAAAAAGUCAAAGAAAAAAAAACCCUUCGAAGGAAAAAAAUGUUUUCAUUUUUCAAAAAAGAAACAAAGAAAUCGAGUCCAUCGUCGUCACCCGAAUCAGAUAGCCCAAUACCAAGCAAUAACGAUUUCGUGAUGGUGAACGAUCCACGGCAAGGAGGAGCAAAUCCAAAUCCAAAUCAAGCCCCGUAUCCAACGGCAUAUCCAACACCGUAUCCAUUGUAUCCAAAUUUUGGACAACAUUUUGGUGGUCUACCAGCAAUACCUCCAGUUUCACCGUCACGACCACCAUUUCAUCGCUCUGAAAGUAUACAUCCAACAAAUUAUGUACAAGAUAUACCAUUCAAACUAUCAUCGGAACUAUCGUUGGGCAAUUCAGACGAAAUUACACGCAUUCAAGUGGAAGAUAUUUUAUCAUUAAUCACAUCACGAAUGGGAGUCACACAAACGGACUACGACUUUACAUUGGAACGAAGUCUUCUUCGUGAAGCUGACACAACCGACUCAUCCGUUGCAGAUGCACCUCCCGCUGAUGAAGAACCCGAGGAAGAAUAAUAGUUCAAUGGAGAAAAAAAACAAAACAAAAUUUUGUGUUAUGCCAUACCUAAAACAAGUUUGCUCUUAUUAUUGUUAAUGGAAACAAAAUCCAAAUUAAUUAUAUCAAUAUCAUAAUUGUAAUUUUCGCUACAAUUUACACUUAUCACAAUAAAAAAAAACAAAAUAAAGAUAAAAAAAAGAAUGAAAA